GCGCCUUUGGAAGGCCUCCCUGGGAAUCCCGGGUGUCAGCUGGAGGACUAUGUGAUGGUUAGGGAGUCGAACCACUGGGGCAGUGCCCGCCUGGGCUGGAUUUGGGGGUGGGGGGAGCCUUUUGGGUGAGUCAGCCCUCUCUGGUUGGAAACAGCAGAGUCUAGUUGAGGCUCUGCCAAGGACCUGUGAUGAUUCUUGUCGCCUUUUGUGGAGAAAUUUGCCGCUAACAGGCCAUCUGUGUGAGGGGGCGGAGGAAAGCGCAAAGGGAAAAGCAAGAAGUGGAAGGAAAUCCUGAAGUUCCCUCACAUUAACCAGUGUGAAGACCUCCGAAGGACCAUAGACAGAGAUUACUGCAGUUUAUGUGACAAGCAGCCAAUCGGGAGGCUGCUUUUCCGGCAGUUUUGUGAAACCAGGCCUGGGUUGGAGUGUUACAUUCAGUUCCUGGACUCCGUGGCAGAAUAUGAAGUUACUCCAGAUGAAAAACUGGGAGAGAAAGGGAAGGAAAUUAUGACCAAGUACCUCACCCCAAAGUCCCCUGUUUUCAUAGCCCAAGUUGGCCGAGACCUGGUCUCCCAGACGGAGGAGAAGCUCCUGCAAAAGCCGUGCAAAGAACUCUUUUCUGCCUGUGCACAGUCUGUCCACGAGUACCUGAGGGGAGAACCAUUCCACGAAUAUCUGGACAGCAUGUAUUUUGACCGCUUUCUCCAGUGGAAGUGGUUGGAAAGGCAACCGGUGACCAAAAACACUUUCAGGCAGUACCGAGUGCUAGGAAAAGGGGGCUUCGGGGAGGUCUGUGCCUGCCAGGUUCGGGCCACAGGGAAAAUGUACGCCUGCAAGCGCUUGGAGAAGAAGAGGAUCAAAAAGAGGAAAGGGGAGUCCAUGGCCCUCAACGAGAAGCAGAUCCUCGAGAAGGUCAACAGUCAGUUUGUGGUCAACCUCGCCUAUGCCUACGAGACCAAGGAUGCACUGUGCUUGGUCCUGACCAUCAUGAAUGGGGGCGACCUAAAGUUCCACAUCUACAACAUGGGCAACCCCGGCUUCGAGGAGGAGCGGGCCUUGUUUUAUGCGGCAGAGAUCCUCUGCGGCUUAGAGGACCUCCACCGCGAGAACACCGUCUACCGAGAUCUGAAACCUGAAAACAUCCUGUUAGAUGAUUAUGGCCACAUUAGGAUCUCAGACCUGGGCUUGGCUGUGAAGAUCCCCGACGGAGACCUGAUCCGCGGCCGGGUGGGCACCGUUGGCUACAUGGCUCCAGAGGUCCUGAACAACCAGAGGUACGGCCUGAGCCCCGACUACUGGGGCCUGGGCUGCCUCAUCUAUGAGAUGAUCGAGGGCCAGUCGCCAUUCCGUGGCCGCAAGGAGAAGGUGAAGCGGGAGGAGGUGGACCGCCGGGUCCUGGAGACCGAAGAGGUGUACUCCCGCAAGUUCUCCGAGGAGGCCGAGUCCAUCUGCAAGAUGCUGCUCACCAAAGAUGCAAAGCAGAGGCUGGGCUGCCAGGAGGAGGGGGCUGCAGAGGUCAAGAGACACCCCUUCUUCAGGAACAUGAACUUCAAGCGCUUAGAAGCCGGGAUGUUGGACCCUCCCUUCGUUCCAGACCCCCGCGCUGUGUACUGUAAGGACGUGCUGGACAUCGAGCAGUUCUCCACUGUGAAGGGCGUCAAUCUGGACCACACAGAUGACGACUUCUACUCCAAGUUCUCCACGGGCUGUGUGUCCAUCCCAUGGCAAAAUGAGAUGAUAGAAACAGAAUGCUUUAAGGAGCUGAACGUGUUUGGACCUCAUGGUACCCUCUCGCCAGAUCUGAACAGAAAUCAUCCUCCGGAACCGCCAAAGAAAGGGCUGCUCCAGAGAAUCUUCAAGCGUCAGCAUCAGAACAAUUCCAAGAGUUCGCCCAGCUCCAAGACCAAUUUUAAUCACCACAUAAACUCAAACCACGUCAGCUCGAACUCCACCGGAAGCAGCUAGUUUCGGCUCUGGCCUUGAAGUCCACAGUGGAGCCAGCCCAGACCUUCUCCUUAGAAGCGGAAGUGCUGGAGCUUCUGCUCUGGUGGGGCUGCCAGGGGAGCCCCCCAGGAGCUGGGGAAGGAGGCCGUCCAUCCCGUCGACGUAGAACCUCGAGGUUUCUCAAAGAAAUUUCCACUCAGGUCUGUUUUCCGAGGCGGCCCCAGCCGGGGUGGAUUGGAUUUGUCUUUGGUGAACAUUGCAAUAGAAAUCCAAUUGGAUACGACAACUUGCACGUAUUUUAAUAGCGUCAUAACUAGAACUGAAUUUUGUCUUUAUGAUUUUUAAAGAAAAGUUUUGUAAAUUUCUCUACUGUCUCAGUUUACAUUUUGUAUAUUUGUAUUUAAAGAAAGUGAGACUUUGAGGGUGUAUAUUUUCUGUGCAGCCACUGUUAAGCCAUGUGUUCCGAGGCAUUUUAGCGGGGAGGGGUUUACCAAAAAAAAAAAAAAAAAAUGUGACUCAAGACUUCCAGAGCCUCAAAUGAGAAAAUGUCUUUAUUAAAUGUAGAAAGUGAUUCACACUUCACCUUUAAAGGAUUGCUUGUAUUUACCCACAUCUAUCCCUGGAGCCAUUUCCUCACAUUGGUAUCACCCUUCUGUCGGCUUGGAACGAUCUGAAUUAAAUGUUCCAGACACA